CAAAAUCUUUUUUUUUUUUUUUGUCGUAUAAACCGUAUGGGACUUCAAGUCUGUUAGGUGGCUUUUGUAGUUAAAAAUCCACAUAGCGUGAGCGCCUGAGUGAUUCAUCUUGACUUGUUUCAUCUUUGAUAAUCGUUCCGGAAACCACGUGAUGACGCUCAAACAACUUCCUGUUUUGUCCGGAAGCACAUGUGAAACUAUGAAAAGUGUGCUUGUUGUUUACCGGUUGUCCGUCGUUUUAUAAAAUAAACGAGAUGAUUAAAUUAUAAGAAUGCCCGGUUUUAUGAUCAUCCUGGAGUUCGUGCUCAUUUCUUGCUUAAAUUAGUUUCAGGACCCAAGCCUAAAAUGUCAGAAACACACAAUAAUGUUGGUUUGGCUCAGGCUGAGGAUUUUGCUGAAGUGAUUUCAGGAAGCCACAUCGUCCUGGAAAGGUCCCCUCCGGAUUAUGUGAGGAAAAUAUCACAGUACAUCGAGUGUUCGGCGGGACCGAGUAACCAAAAUCCAGAAGUCGAAAGUGAUUCAGGAGACAGCCUAUUUAUUACACAGUUGCCUGUGCCUCAGCCUGUGAGAAAAGUCAGACGCCGGAAAUCAUCACGACACCCUUUCAAGGAUCGUCGUGGGGACUCUUCUUCCACUCACAGUGACGAUGAUGACCGUGAGACGAGCAGAAAAACCAAAAAGAAAAGAAAGAUACAUCUACCAAAAUACAACUUCCCUUUUCUCACGGAAAGGAAAGGGAAGCCCAGAUGCACUCGUUUAACCACCAAACAGAAUCACAAAUUUCAUAAUUAUGCGAUGGGGGGCUUCUUUAAAUGUGUUGAGUUGUGGCAAGGAGCAGAGGAUUUGUAUGAAGGUCUACCAACAGUCGACCAAGAUAAUGAGGACAUAUCACCACUGACAGAAGAUGAAGACAAAUCUGGUGACGAGGACCUCAAAGUGGUGGCGAAAAAUCUUUUCCUGGCAAAAUCCAAAGCACAGAGGUGCCAACCCUGGUACACGCCAGCACAGGAGGAAGGAGUUGUUACUCGCGAAAGGGAGAAAAUAGUUCAAAUAUCAAACAAGGUCCCCACGUCAAGUAUGCUUUCGGCGAAAGACAAAACCGAUGAAACACAUUCCGCUUCAACUUGUAAUGAUCCUGCUGUGCCGGGAAAUAACAAAGCGCUAAGAAAAAUACCAAGAAGCAGGAGGACUCGUUUCCAAGAACUUGCUGAUGUGGAAACGAGAAGCAAACGUGUGCCAUUCAAAGAGCACAUAGCAUCUGAAGAAGAAAGUGACUGGCAGUCCAGAGAGGGUGAGGAUGCUGACAUAACCGUAACCAUGGAAACCACACUUAUCAAUGCACAGGCACCGCUUGAUCUUCAUGAAAACAGAAUGGACAACUUUUCAUAUGUUACGAGCACUCCGAGAAAAAAAGAUAAAAGAUCAAAAGGUCACGGCGUCGCCUCAGGACAAAGGGAAAAAAAUACCAGACAGGAAAUUGAACUGGAGCGUGACCUCGGUGUAAAAGACAACGCCGUGUGUUCCCUCAGCCGAGAUGAACCUGAGGUUGAAGAGUUCUCCGACGUAGUCAGCGAACCUUUAAGAGAUGAGAGUCGGAGGAAAAAGAAGAAGAAAAAGAGAUCACAUCAGGAACCGGGGAGUUUAGGCAUGAAUGAGAAAUCAUCCAAUCGUACUGCACCUUUAAAUGGAAGUACAGAAAAGAAUGUUGCUGACACAACUGAAGACAAAGAUGUGCAACUGGUUCGUAAAAAAAAGAAGAAGAAGAGAAAAUUAAGCACAACAUUCCCAGAAGUCAAUGAGUCUAUGUCUGAAGUGGAGAAUCAAAACAAUAGGACCUCUUCCUUCCUUCUUGCUGAUGUGGAGGAAAGCAGUGCUUUUGAGGCAAGAUUGCACAAAAAGCACAAGAAAAAGAAGCUGAUCGGCCACAAGGGGGCGGAAGACGCGUCAGGCGAUUCAUCCCAUUAUAAUUUGCCUGUUAAGGUGGUCCCAAAAGGUCAAAAGAGACAACAUGACAGUCAAGUGGCGACCAAUGAGGACAGACCGGAAAGGGCAGUUGAUUCUGCGUUUUUGAAACCUCAUGAGGCCAAGGUGAAAAAAAAGAAGAAGAAAAAGAAGCAUCAUGAUCAUUGGGAGACAGAGGAGACUCUACCUUUUGAGAAUGAAGAAUCCCGGGAUCUCAAUUCAUCGCUUCAUCAAUCUCACUAUGCUGAAAAUUCUACGGAAAAGUCUUCUUUAGACACUGUCAAGAAAAAGAAACACAAAAAACAUACCCACGCACAUCAGAUGUACAACUAAUAAGAGGUUUAUCUAUCUAUUUAUUUAUUUUCAAUGUUGAUUAUUUUGACAGGCAUACAUUUUAUGCCGUUUAACAAUAAGCUGGUCUUAUCGGAACCUUCAUGGUGAACAAAUUA